GCCUGCCCGACAUGCCCUUGGAUACUACCGACCCUCCUCGCGCAAAAAACUACUGUAGAAAUACAGAAACCACUAAACAUUAGCAGAAGACUUGGGGUACGGCGGAGUGUACCUGGAUUGUUGUCACUUUUACAUUGCGUCUGAAUCUAAAGGAUUUGAUUGCUUGCUAUAUACUUUGUUGUUGUUGUGCCUACUUUUCCUAAACCGACGUGUAUGGAUGUAUCAUGGCUACGUUUGCAUGCAGGGUGCAGUUUUUAGAUGAUACUGAUCCAUUUAAUAGCACCAAUUUUCCGGAGCCGACCAGACCUCCGCAUUUCACAUUCAGAGAGGAUAUUCCACUCAUCAAUCAGAUCGCUGGAGUACACAGACUUUUGAAAGCACCACACAAGCUCGAUGACUGUGCUUUACAGUUGUCUCACAAUGGCAGUUAUCUGGACCUGGAGUCCACCUUGGCCGAGCAGAGAGAUGAACUUGAAGGCUUUCAGGAGGAUGGAGGGAGGGGAAAGAAGCACAGUAUUGUCCUGAGAACACAGUUGUCUGUCAGAGUUCAUGCAUGCAUAGAAAAGCUCUACAACUCAACGGGACGUGAGUUACGAAGAGCGCUGUUCUCUCUCAAGCAAAUCUUUCAGGAUGAUAAAGAUCUGGUGCAUGAGUUUGUGAUUGCUGAGGGACUCAUGUGUCUUAUUAAAGUGGGAGCUGAGGCUGACCAAAACUACCAGAACUACAUCCUUAGAGCUCUUGGACAGAUCAUGCUGUAUGUGGAUGGAAUGAACGGGCUUAUUGGACACAAUGAAACAGUUCAGUGGCUUUAUACAUUGGUGGGAUCAAAGUUCCGGCUGGUUGUGAAAACUGCUCUGAAGUUGCUGCUGGUAUUUGUGGAAUACACUGAGUCCAACGCACCUCUCCUCAUCCAGGCCGUCAACAACGUGGACACCAAGCAAGGCUGUAAGCCCUGGUCCAACACCAUGGAAAUCCUUGAUGAGAAGGAUGGAAUGGACACUGAGCUGCUGGUAUAUGCCAUGACCCUUAUCAACAAGACAUUGGCUGGUCUAGCCGACCAGGACUCGUUCUAUGAUGUGGUUGACAGUCUAGAGGAGCAAGGGAUGGAGACCAUGGUUCAGAGGCACCUUAACAGGAAGGGCACAGAUCUGGACUUAGUGGAGCAGUUCAACAUCUAUGAGAUGACCCUUCGUCAUGAAGAUGGUGAUGAUGAGGCUCAGCCUCCAUCCGGACAUAAGAGCCGGCGUCGGGCCAGUGUGGGGGCCACACCUGAGAGGCGGGGCUUGGAACGACGACGCAGCCGAAGACACUCACUCCAAAAUGGGAAAGGCCACACCUCUGCUCCUACUUCCCCCUGCCACAGCCACACCCCCAACAUCCUGCCCUUUAAUAGCCAAAGGAUAGAGGAUAUCACCGAAAGCAAUGGCUUUGCAGGUACGUAUCCUGGCAGGUCAGCAAGUGUGUCCAGUGCCCCCUCCACACACUACAACUGCUUCAGCUCCACAGGGGGUUCACCUGCAGAAAGUAAACCAGACAGGCCAACUCUGAGUGGUUUGUUAACCUCCUCCUACAGGCAGCACCAAGAGUCUCUAAAUGCAGAACGUGAGCGCAGGCGCCUGGAGAGAGAGGAGAGACUCCAGCGUAUUGAAAUAGAGGAGAGAAACCGUUUCAACCGGGAUUAUGUGGACAAGAGAGAAGAGGUCAGACAAGCUCGAGAAGAAAGAUAUAAGCAAAUGGAGCGGCGGGCAGCAGAGGAGAAUGAAAGGGAUCGGACAAGAUCAACACCACGGGGACGAACAGAAAUCACCCUUAGCCUGUGUUCACGAACCACUACCAGCUCCUCACCCCGUUCUGUUACUCCUUUGACUAAAGACUCUCUGGAGGAUACAUCCUGUCUUCCACAUCCAACACAAGGAGCUGAAUCUGAGUCAAAUCAUCCUGUGCAGGCAGCAGUUGCGUGGUCUGCCUCAGAAACCCCCUCUGUCUCAACGUCUGCCUCAGUGUCGCCCUCCGUGCCAGAGGAGGACCAGAACUCUGUGGAACUUACAGACAUCACACUUUCUCUGUCUCAAACAAACACAGAGGCAGAGAGAGCUGAGGAAGAGGAGAAAACAGAGGGUGCUGAGGCAGAAGAGUGUGAGGAAAUUUUGAAUGGGAAGGAAGAUGAAAAUAAGGAAGAAGCACCAGAAGGAAAUUGUGAAGAAGAGACUAGUGGAACAGGUAGAGAGGAGUGUGAGAGAGAGCAGAUAUUAAAGGAGAGUAUCGUCCUGAGUGAGAAGGAGAGGCAGAAUGAGGAACUGAAUGAAAAAGAUAACUGCUCUGCCUCCAGCAUCUCUUCAGCCAGCAGCACCCUGGAAAGAGAAGAACGAGAGGAGAAACUUGUCAGUGAUAAUGACUCAGGCCAGUGGACAGACUGUAUUAAUACAGCAGCCGUCAACAAUCAAUGCAACAAAGUUCUUAACAGCAAACACUUAAUGCUGGACAUGCUUUACCAAAGCAAGCCUGUAGAGAAAGAGGAACAAGUGAAAGAGAAGGAGAACGUGAAUGAGAAAAGAGAUUCAGGUCAGGACUCUACUGUGACCAAACUUGCUAGUCGCAUUUCCACACUGGAGGCACGUCGGCAGGCAUGUGAGGAGAACUUGAAGAAGCUAGAUGUGGAGCAUCUGGAUAAUCAGGGUAGUGUGCGAGCGGUGGCCGAGAAAUUUGGAGACUUGGUGAAAGGACUGGUGUCACCUCAUGAGGUGGAGCAUUCUGGAAAAGAGAAACAGCAACCACAGGAAAAGCCUCCAAGAGCUCCUUCACCAACACCUCCCAAAAAAGAGUCUGACCAAAUAUGGGACCAGCUAAUGGCUGUGCCGCGAGAGCUUCGCAUCAAAGAGUUGGACUUCACAGAUUUGGGGGAGGAGGAUGAUGUAGACAUUUUGGACGUUUGUAAUGUGAUUGGGUCAGGUGACCUCACACCACCUCCUCCUCCAUGCUUGUCCAAUCUUCCGCCACCCUUGUUCGGAUGCCCCCCACCUCCACCUAUCUCUGGUAUGAUGAUGCCCCCUCCUCCACCAUUUUUAGCCUCAAUAUCUCCCCCACAUCUUGGAUCUCCUCAGCUUAGUCGAGGGGAUCCUCUGCUCUUCCAGAAGAAGAAGAAGACCAUUCGUCUGUUUUGGAAUGAAGUGAGACCGAUAGACUGGCAGUACAACAACCACAAGAGAUGUAAGGAAUCAUUGUGGUCCAAACUGGACCCGGUCAAGCUGGACACGGCCAAGUUGGAAAACCUUUUUGAAACGAAAUCCAAGGAGCUUCCUGCCACAAAGAAAACAGUAGCUGAUGGGAAGCGUCAAGAGAUCAUCGUUCUGGACUCCAAAAGAAGUAACGCCAUUAACAUAGGCCUGACGGUGCUGCCUCCACCACGCACAAUCAAAACAGCCAUCCUCAACUUCGAUGAGUAUGCCUUGAGCAAAGAAGGCAUAGAGAAAAUCCUGACGAUGAUUCCUACGGAGGAGGAAACGCAGAAGAUUCAGGAGGCCCAGCUGGCAAACCCUGACACUCCGCUGGGCAGCGCUGAGCAGUUCCUCCUCAUUCUCUCUUCCAUCAGUGAACUGUCGGCCCGACUGCAGCUUUGGGCAUUUAAGAUGGACUACGAUGCCUUAGAGAAGGAAGUGGCAGAGCCACUACAGGACCUGAAGGAGGGCAUGGACCAAUUAGAAAAGAACAAGACGCUGCGCUGCAUCCUUUCCACUCUGCUAGCUAUUGGCAACUUUCUCAAUGGGACCAACGCAAAAGGCUUUGAGCUGAGUUACCUAGAGAAGGUUCCUGAGGUGAAGGACACUGUUCACAAACAGUCUCUGCUCCAUCAUGUCUGCUCCAUCGUCGUGGAGAAGUUUCCAGACAGUUCAGAUCUCUACUCUGAGAUUGGAGCCAUCACUCGCUCUGCUAAGGUUGACUUUGACCAGCUGCAAGAAAACUUGUGUCAGAUGGAGCGACGCUGCAGAGCAUCUUGGGACCACCUGAAGGUCAUCGCCAAACAUGAAAUAAAAGCAGCCCUCAAGCAGCGCAUGUCUGACUUCCUUAAAGACUGUGCAGAAAGGAUCAUCAUUCUUAAGAUUGUGCAUCGCCGCAUCAUCAAUAGGUUUCACUCAUUCCUGUUGUUCCUGGGCCACCCGCCCUACGCGAUCAGAGAGGUCAGCGUCCACCGCUUCAAUAAGAUUCUGAGCGAAUUUGCACUUGAGUACCGCACCACCAGAGAGCGAGUGCUGCAGCAGAAACAGAAGAGAGCCAAUCACCGUGAGAGGAACAAGACCCGUGGCAAAAUGAUCACAGAUAGUGAUGAGGAAGAGGAGUAUGAGAGUGGAAAGUUUGCAGGCACUCCUUUGGAGGGUCAGGACUCUCAGCCACAUGGUUUGGGCUAUACUGAGGACGCAGCUGAACACGAGCAGAUGACUGCAGUACUUCGGAAUAGCCUGCGGGGCGGCGAUAGUGCCUCCUCGGUACUCCCUGGCCUCCGCACACGAACUCGAGCCAGCCGAGGCCAUAUGGCACUUAUGUCUGCUGCAAAUGAAGACACUUCAAAUUGCACAAAUGACACAGCAGAUGAGAUCAUGGAACGUAUUGUGAAAUCAGCCACUCAGGGCCCCAGUCAGUGCACGCAGCCCCGCGAGAGGAGACGCUCCCGAGCCAACCGCAAAUCCUUAAGAAGAACACUGAAGAAUGGUCUUACACCAGAGGAGGCACAGGCCCUGGGAUUGGCCAGCGGCUCUGAGAUGCAAGUGUGAAACGCUCAGGAUCUCAGCAAACACUCUUUCUCUCUGAAACACACAGACAUACACAUCAUCUGGAAAGAGUUUGUUUUGAUGUUGAUCUUAAGCAGGUGCAUUUUUUUCUGUUUGUAUUCUACAUGGUUAGUGUUGUGGACAACUAAUAUUCUCACAGACGUCUGUGAGAAUACUUUACUACUAUACUUAACGUGGGACAUGUAGUCAAACCUUUUCUCCAUUUACUAGCCACAAUACAUUGGCAUAUUGCAGUAGUUCUGAACUGGUUUUGCUUUAGGAGCCAGAUUUUUCAUUGGACAUCAUGUAGAGACCAAACAUAGCACCAGAAAAUAUUUGUAAUUAAAAAUAUUAAAUUAGACAUUUCAAAAAGUGUAUAUCAUAUUACAAUUAUAUAAUAUAUUAUAAUAUUAUAAUUAACCACUGGCAUAUUGCUCACUGUCCCAAAGUAAGAGAGUUGCAAAUAUUUAGGAAUUCUUGAAACCACUCAGGUGCAACGUCCACUGAUUCUACUUUUGAGAGCUAUUCACCUGUGGACUGUUAACUUGAUAUCUGCAACAAACAUUUGCAUGCAUUUUUGAAAGAGAAAAAGCACAGUUGUUUACUGAUGCACAAUGUUUGUAGAUGCUUACACCUACUAGUAGUAUGCUGACUGUCUAGUUCUCCAGUACAGAGACUAACGGCAGUCUCUUACCACUGUGGCCUUGUGAACCCAAAGAACUGUGUGUUGAAGACGACUGGAUGCCCUCUCACCUUUUUUUUUUUAGGUCAAAUACAGAUUGGAUUGGAUUAAUUUGUUGCACCUUCAGCAUUCAUUUCUAAUGUAAAUCAGGAGAGUUCUUCCUCUGGUUUACUGCUGUGCUGUUUUACUUGAUUAAACUAACAGGGCUUCUUGCAUUUUACAUGUCAGACUGUUUUGAAGCUGCCUGAAAUUGGAAAACAGCAUGAGAAUAAUCUACAAAGACCACAUACAUUGUUAGCCCACAAAGCUUUCUUUCAUUUGUGCUGUACCUUGUGUGAGCAAAACUUGUUUAACAUGGAUAAAGAUUAUCAAAUUACUUUGCACACAAGUGAGAGGGAACUAGAAAGCCUUCUCUUUCCCCGUCAAACAUAAUGAUUUCCUCAUACAUUUCUGUCAGCAUUGGUAGUAUCACAUUUAAUCUCAUAACAUACAGUACUGUGCAGAAGUCUUAGGCACACAAGAUGUUUCACAAAAACAUUUGUCUUAACAUGGUUAUUUAUAUCUUCAGCUUUAGUGUGUCAAUAGGAAAAGUACAUCUUAGAAUCCCAAACAUUACUUUUGCAAAUAGAAAAGAUUAGAAUAGAAGAACAGGGAGCCCUGCAACAGAUGUCAUGGUCCCCACAGAGCCCCCAACUGAACACCGUGUCAGUCUGAGAUUACAUAAAGAGACAGAAGCAAUUGAGACAGCCUAAAUAGAUAGAAGAACUGUGGCGAAUUCUCCAAGAAGCUUGGAAAAUCUCAUCUGCCAACAACCAAGAAAAACUGUGUCCAGGUGUACCUGGAGAAUUAGUGCUGUUUUAAAGGCAAAGGUGGUCACACCAAAUAUUGAUUUAGCUUUUUUUUAUGUUUACUGGACUUUGUAUGACAUUAAGUGACAAAUGAAAACUAUUUGUCAUUAUUUUUGAAGACAUCCUAACUAUGCAACAUUUUUCACAAGUGCCUAAAACUUUUGCACAGUACUGUAACUAAAUGAAAGGAUUUCCAGCCAUGUAUAUUCAAAAAAGUGAUGGUAUUUUUGACAAAUGAGUGCCUUUGUGUUUUAAUGAUAUGGAAGGCUAUGUUCCCUAGACAUUUCAAUGUGUAUUUGAUUAUUGGCAUUUCAGGAAAAGGCAAAAAUGAGGGAAACAUUCAGAUUGGUAUUUGUAGUGUAUGUCAAGCUUUAGUGUCAGUACACUUCUCUCUAUGUCUGUUUGGUAAACCCAUUACAGUUGAUCACAACCUACUCAAAUUAACCACAGAGACAACUCCACUGUUUAUGCCAGAAGUACCAUUCAGCACCUUAGCAUGUGUAGCAUGCAAUUUCGAAAGAAAUUGUCAAAUCAAGUAUUAAGACUUUUUUUCACCUUUCCCUCAGAUUUUUACUCUGAGUAUUGUUAUGUGGGUAAUACACUAGAUAAAUGUAAAGUAGAACAGUGAUGUAGAGGCUAAACAUGAGACAGAUGCUGUAAAAUUGUGUAAAUGUCACUUUUUUUUUUGUUCAUGUUUUGUGUUUUGUAUAAAAUAGUGUGUUAUAGGUCAAAAGCAGUGUUAUUCUGUGAAAAUUCUAAUUUAAGAGAAAGUAAGCCAUGCAUGGUUCAAACAAUAACAGAUAUAUCAUCAGGCACCAUUUCCAUGUAAGGGAUAUAUGGAGGGAGCCUGUGACGUCGUGAUACCCUGUGAAUUUCACUUUUAUGCCAUGUUUCAUGUGUUUACACAGCACAGACUUGAAACAUUGUCAUGCAUCCAGCCACUCUGCACUCCUGCUCAAAUGGCUUUUGAUAUUAUGAUUGCACUUGCAUACAGAGUUUCACCCAUUGCUACAAGUGCCAUAAAAUGUUGGUAUUGGUAAAAAAAAAGAAAAAGAAAAGCAUCUAAAAUGUGAAAAUUUGACCUCUAAAUUCCAAAAGGAAAAUGAAUUUACUGUACUUUGCAAUAAAAAGCUUUUAAAGCAAUACUCGGAA